AUGCUAUUACUCAUUUUACUAUCAGUUGCUAACGCAGCCGAUUUGGAGUGGACUGACCCUGUUUCUGGCUCUCAGUUCUCUUUUGAGUCUCUACAAAAGCCAGAAGACGACCCUUGAAUAGUUUACCCUUCUUCAGAUCUCAUUGUAUCAACAAAAUAUUAUUUUAAUUUUGGCACAAGCCUAAAGCAGCAAUGCUCAGGACAAUACGUCGGCGCGAUUGAAGUCAUUGAGCUUUGGGACGAAAUUUUUGAGUCUUGUGAUAUCCUAGGCCGACAAGAAAUGACAUCAUAUGGACUAAUAAAUCCUAAUAACCCUCAAGCUGGGUUUAAAAUCACUUAUGGAGGCGGAGAUUUAUGCUCAGAAUCAUAUGAAGGAUUAGAUUCUAUUAAAAGAGCUGCCACUUUUAAACUGCAUUGCAGCAACUAUGAGACUGAAUGAGAAGUGGUAGAAGAGUCUGGAUUUGGGUACUGUCACGUUUUUCUCACAAAAAAUACACCGGCAGGGUGUCCUGUGACAAGCACAUUUCAUAUUAGAAAAGAAUGGUGGUAUCUCGCAGGAUUUUUAGGAUUUGUCUGGGUAUAUUUUGCAGGAGGGAUCAUUAUUAAUAGCAUUCGAGGGAUUAGAGGGUCUGACGCAAUCCCUCAUUAUAAAUUCUUUGAAGGGCUGCUUGAGAAAAUUCAAGGAAUAUUUGGAUCGGUUUUUGUUAAAGCGAAAGAGAAAUAUAUGAUUGCAAAGGAAAAAAUUGCGAAGAAAAACACUUAACUUAACUUAAGAUUAUCGAAAAGCUCCCUGUCGGGGCCCGAAAGCCCUUAUUCCCUUCCAUAACGCUCCACUCGCCUUGCUCCUACGGACAUGGGCCUGCACAUGCGCCCUGUAGUCACCGUGCCGUACGCCAACGAAGGUUGCCUGCCUCGAAAUUUCAAAAAAUGGAAUUUCUGGCCGACUUUCGGCAAAAGGGUAAAACUUGUAGCCCAAGGCGAAACUCCUGUUUUCUCGCUAGGGAGUUGCCCGAAUGGCCUAGAAAGGCUUUGCUGGGCUUUCCCCUUUCCUACUCCAAGUCUCCCUUCCCUCGAGGUAAAGUCGAACUCGGAAAAUAGACUAGGGCUAGUUAUCUAGCAUAACUGUCCAUUUCUUCACUAGCAAAACCUUGCCGGAUAUAAUUAAAUUAGGGCUCGAUACUGCUUGGCCGAGAGGCCAAGCCAAGUUGAGACGCCAUAUUUUAAUUAUGCGAAGAAAAAAACACAAGCUAUGAAAUGGUUUAA